UACCAACACUGUCGGAUAAUUUUUCAGCUCGCGUUUUCACACAUAAACGUUUGUUGUUUUUGCCGCUGAAAAAUGGAAAAUAUACCGCGUACUCACGAAGAUAUUGAGGCGCAAAUCUCGGACAUACAGGCGAAGAAAACUGAGCUAGCCAAAAAUCAGGCCGCAGCCGCCGGCGUGGGCUUGCUGGAAAGUGGGGGGUUCUUUGACACUGAUCUAUAUGACGAUGAGGCGGCAGCUGGUAAGGGCGCCAAGCGCUAUGAGGGCUACAACACAUCCAUAGCAGCAAAUGAUGAUGAGGGCGACGAAGAUGAAGAGGACGAUGGGUUUCCUGUGCCACAAAAGCGCACCACCUAUACGGCGCCCACUUCUGUGCUUAAGGAUGUAACACAGGGUAAGGAGGACAUUGAUCCCAUGGCAGACCGGCGGCGACCCACCAUAGCUGAUCGUGAGGAUGAAUAUAGACAGAAGCGACGGCGUAUUAUUAUUUCACCCGACCGCGCUGAUCCUUUUGCCGAUGGUGGUAAAACGCCGGAUGUGGGUUCGCGUACAUACACAGACAUCAUGCGUGAACAGAUGCUUAAAGGAGAAGAAAGCGAGCUGCGAAAACGCAUUAUGGAAAAGUCCAAAGACGGGACGCUGGUCAAGUCCUCUAAUGGCGAUUCAACAGCCAAGGAAGGUGGACGCAAACGCGGACGCUGGGAUCAAACGGUUAGCGAGAGUUUUAUACCCGCCAAAGCAGCAGCGACGCCUAGCAGUGCUGCGACACCCAGCUGGGAGGAUAAAACACCUGGAGAUCACCGUUGGGAUGAGACCCCAGGACAUAAAGGCAGUGAGACACCUGGCGCUACACCUGGACUGGGCACACGCAUUUGGGAUGCCACACCCGCGCAUGCCAUGACGCCUGGACAUGAGACGCCGGGACAUGAGAAGUCUGCACGUCGUAAUCGCUGGGAUGAAACACCCAAAACAGAGCGCGAAACACCUGGUCAUAGUGGCUGGGCCGAGACACCAAAGCCCGAUCGCAGUGGCAGCGGUGCCGGCGAGAUCAGCUCCAUAGAGUCAACACCAGGCGCCUCCAAGCGUCGCUCUCGCUGGGAUGAAACACCCUCAAAUGCAACACCGGCCAUAACGCCUAGCAAUGCAAAUGCUAUGACGCCCAGCAUGACACCGCAUGCCACACCCGGACAUGCAACUCCAUUAUUAACACCUGGAGGCAGCACGCCAAUAGGUGUCAAGGCUAUGGCUAUGGCCACGCCCACGCCUGGUGCUCUGGCUGCCAUGACGCCAGAACAGCUGCAGGCUUAUCGCUGGGAGAAGGAGAUAGAUGAACGCAAUCGUCCCUACACUGAUGAGGAGCUAGAUCAAAUGUUUCCACCUGGUUAUAAGAUACUACCGCCGCCGGUGGGUUAUGUGCCGCUGCGCACGCCCGGACGCAAGCUCAUGGCUACGCCCACGCCCAUUGCAGGUACACCGGCUGGAUUCUUUAUACAAGUGGAGGAUAAGAGUGCCAAGUUUAUGGACAACCAGCCCAAGGGUCAGAAUUUGCCAUUUAUGAAACCUGAGGAUGCACAGUACUUUGACAAACUGUUGGUGGAUGUGAAUGAGGAUGCUCUCUCACCGGAGGAGUUAAAAGAGCGCAAGAUAAUGAAACUGCUGCUGACCAUAAAGAAUGGUUCACCACCCAUGCGCAAAUCCGCAUUAAGGCAGAUGACAGAUAAAGCCCGCGAAUUUGGUGCUGGUCCACUCUUCAAUCAAAUUCUGCCGCUGCUGAUGUCACCCACGCUCGAAGAUCAGGAGCGUCAUUUGCUGGUCAAAGUUAUAGAUCGUGUGCUCUAUAAGCUGGAUGACUUGGUGCGUCCAUUUGUGCACAAAAUUUUGGUGGUUAUUGAACCGCUGUUGAUUGAUGAGGAUUACUAUGCACGUAUUGAGGGUCGCGAGAUUAUUUCUAAUCUAGCCAAGGCGGCCGGUUUGGCUACUAUGAUCUCCACCAUGCGCCCGGAUAUUGACAACAUAGACGAGUACGUGCGUAAUACUACAGCGCGUGCCUUUGCUGUGGUAGCUUCUGCCUUGGGAAUUCCAUCAUUGCUGCCCUUCUUGAAGGCCGUGUGCAAGUCGAAGAAAUCUUGGCAGGCACGGCACACUGGCAUAAAGAUUGUACAACAGAUUGCUAUAUUGAUGGGCUGUGCCAUCUUGCCGCAUUUAAAAGCGCUGGUGGAGAUUAUUGAACAUGGAUUGGUGGAUGAACAGCAAAAGGUGCGCACUAUAACAGCUCUGGCUAUUGCAGCGUUGGCAGAGGCCGCCACGCCCUAUGGCAUAGAGUCUUUCGAUUCCGUGCUCAAGCCGCUCUGGAAGGGCAUCCGAACACAUCGUGGCAAGGGCUUGGCUGCUUUCCUCAAAGCUAUUGGCUAUCUAAUACCUUUGAUGGAUGCCGAGUAUGCCAACUAUUAUACACGUGAGGUCAUGUUGAUUUUGAUACGUGAAUUCCAGUCGCCAGAUGAGGAAAUGAAAAAAAUUGUGCUCAAGGUGGUGAAGCAGUGUUGCGCCACCGAUGGUGUCGAGCCACAAUACAUCAAGGAGGAGAUCUUGCCACACUUUUUCAAAUUCUUCUGGAACCACCGCAUGGCACUGGACAGACGCAACUAUCGCCAGCUGGUGGAUACGACAGUGGAAAUCGCCAACAAAGUGGGCACAUCAGAAAUCAUCAAUCGCGUGGUGGAUGAUUUGAAAGAUGAGAAUGAGCAAUAUCGCAAAAUGGUUAUGGAAACGGUGGAGAAGAUAAUGGGCAACCUGGGAGCUGCAGAUAUAGAUUCGCGUUUGGAGGAGCAGCUCAUUGAUGGCAUACUGUAUGCUUUUCAGGAGCAGACCACAGAGGAUGUGGUCAUGUUGAAUGGCUUUGGCACCAUUGUCAAUCAGCUGGGCAAGCGUGUGAAGCCGUAUUUGCCACAAAUCUGCGGCACCAUUCUCUGGCGUCUGAACAACAAAUCCGCCAAGGUGCGUCAACAGGCAGCGGAUCUUAUUUCACGCAUUGCCGUGGUUAUGAAAACAUGCCAGGAAGAGAAGCUAAUGGGACAUUUGGGUGUAGUACUCUAUGAGUAUUUGGGCGAGGAGUAUCCUGAGGUGCUGGGCAGCAUUUUGGGCGCACUGAAGGCUAUUGUUAAUGUCAUUGGCAUGACCAAGAUGACGCCACCUAUUAAAGAUCUGUUGCCCAGGCUAACGCCCAUUCUUAAGAAUCGUCAUGAGAAGGUACAAGAGAACUGCAUUGAUUUGGUUGGACGCAUAGCGGAUCGUGGACCCGAAUAUGUUUCCGCACGUGAAUGGAUGCGCAUCUGUUUCGAGCUGCUGGAGCUGCUCAAGGCGCACAAGAAGGCCAUUCGACGUGCUACAGUCAACACCUUUGGCUACAUAGCAAAGGCCAUUGGACCACACGAUGUUUUAGCUACGCUUCUUAACAAUCUCAAAGUGCAGGAGCGUCAGAAUCGUGUGUGCACCACCGUAGCCAUUGCCAUUGUGGCCGAGACUUGUCGUCCGUUCACCGUGCUGCCCGCCUUGAUGAAUGAAUAUCGCGUACCGGAGCUCAAUGUGCAGAAUGGCGUGCUCAAGUCCUUAUCUUUUCUCUUUGAGUAUAUUGGCGAGAUGGGCAAGGAUUAUAUUUAUGCUGUUUGUCCGCUGCUAGAGGACGCGCUCAUGGAUCGUGAUCUUGUGCAUCGACAGACUGCCUGCUCGGCCAUCAAGCACAUGUCCUUGGGCGUCUAUGGCUUCGGCUGCGAGGAUGCGCUCACGCAUUUACUCAACUACGUGUGGCCCAAUAUAUUUGAAACGUCACCGCAUUUGGUGCAGGCUUUCAUGGAUGCUGUGGAUGGUCUGCGUGUAUCUUUGGGCUCUAUUAAGAUUUUGCAAUAUACGCUGCAGGGCCUGUUCCAUCCCGCACGUAAAGUGCGUGAUGUUUAUUGGAAGAUCUACAACUCUUUAUACAUUGGUGGGCAGGAUGCGCUCAUUGCUGGCUACCCGCGCAUUACCAACGAUCCAAAGAACCAGUAUGAGCGCUACGAACUGGACUAUACGCUCUAAGAAGCCGCAGCUGGAGCAGACCUAACUAAGCUAGUUAAUGCUAGUUUUUUUUUAAGUUACAUACACACAGACCCAUACACACACAAAUAUAUAAAGCGAUUGUACAAAAAAGAAAAGUUCUUCAGCAUUAUUUGUAGAUUUUAGUUCUGACUAGUCAUAAAACGACAAAUUUUUUGGAAAUUAUUAUAUAAAAAUGUCCAAAUGAAUGUUUAUUGCGCUCUGCUAGUCACCAGAUCGUAUUGGGAGUUCGUCAUUCGAUCCCCCUCCCAUAUAUUAACGUAGUCAUGGCAAAUGCCUUGCAUGCCCCCUCCCCCUAGAUGUUGUAAAAAUUUUUA